GAUGUCAACUGCGGAAGCGCCAAAUUAUGUUUUAUACGAACAUGCUGUUGGAUACACAUUGCUUAAAAUAAAGGAAUUUGAAGAUAUUGGGCAAAUACUUCCUGAGGUACAACAGUCGAUGAACGAUCCCCAACGUUUCCAAGGAAUAGUUCAGGUCCAUGCUUUUGAACCUUUUAAGAAUACUGAGGCUGCUUUGGAGAAUGCGAAUAAAUUGGCAGAAGGUUUUUAUUUUUAUUAG